AGUCUUUCUUUCCGGAUGGAUGAGAAUAAGUAAUAGGUAUAUUAGUACCUAUAUACCUCGUUAAGUAAUUUUGUUUGUGUGUGGAUCGACGCGUGCAAGCUACAAGCUGCAUUCUUUGCUUUUUAUAUUACACUACUAAAAAAUUCCACUGCCUUAGCUGCCAGGUUUAGGAUAGUUACAGGUAUUUCAUUACCUGCCUAUAUAUAAGCUAUUGGCUCCUUGACCACCUUUUUUUGGCUGCCACUAUUGUCAUCUCAUCCCUUACCCCUUUCCCUCCUGGACCCUUGGAUCGCCCAUGUCAUCGCAAGCACCUAUACACAGAUGGCUGCUUCAGUUAUAGCGAAGGCGUUCACCGCCUCGCUCUUAAUAACCAUAGGUCUUGCGUUGCCCCAAGAGGCAUUGAAACGUAAUUCUUUUCAAGGCAGAGAUUCAAACACUGCUCUUAUACAGCCAGUGCAUCAGUCUUUUCCCCUUGGUACGAUCAAACCGCGGGGAUGGUUCAGAGACCAACUUACGCUGGAGGCCGAUGGGCUGGCGGGAAACUUGUUUGACUUUUACCGCUUCGUUCAUGACUCCAUGUGGAUAGGUGGCUCAACGGAAUACUCCGUUCUCAAUGAGGCCUCGCCAUAUUGGUUCAAUAGUAUUGUACCACUUGCUUUUGGGUUAGAUGACCCCAGGCUUAAGGGUCAAAUCUAUGCCUACAUGGAUUAUGUCCUUGACCAUCAACAGGACGAUGGUUGGCUUGGCCCUGAGACGACUCCGGAAACUCGAGGCUUGUGGGCUCGUUGCUAUUUCUUGGUGGGAUUGAUGCAAUACGCUCAAGCUGAUCAUACGCAAACGAACAGAAUCGUGGAUGCUAUGCACCGAUACGUCGUAAUUGCGAACAGUAUGCUGAAGGAUGGCUUUGCGGGGCUUAUCGAAAAAGAGGGUCAGAAUUAUGACGGUGAUGGGUUCGGUGCCAUGAGAGCUCAUGAAAUGCAUAUUCCCCUGCAGUGGCUAUAUGAGAAUCACCCUCGAAAUAACUCGCAACUCAUCUGGGAAACCAUGGAGCUCAUGAUCGAAGGAAGCGUCGCGGCCAAUAGCGACUGGAGAAAGUACUGGGUAAAGGGAGUAUACCCAGAGGUUACGUACACUCCUAGAAACGAGCCUUUUAAAGAUCUUUUCAAUCAUGGUGUGAACAUGGCAGAAGGUCUACGAUACCCGCUUUCGAUAUACCGGAUGACGCACGAUGAGGCGCUGAAGACGCAGACCAGAACGGCGGUAGAUCUACUAUCGCAAUACCAUAAGUCCUUAGCCGGAACAAUCAUUGGGGAUGAGUUCAUAACAGAUCUCAACCCAAUUAGAGGCGCCGAAUUGUGUACUGCUGCAGAGAUGACAUUCUCUAUGGCGUACAUCCACCAGUAUCUUGGCGAUAAUGAUUUGGCAGACUGGGCAGAAUUGGUUGCAUUCAAUGCUGUGCCCGGUUCCAUCUUCCCGGAUUGGUGGUCGCAUCAAUAUGUGCAACAGGAGAAUCAGCCUUGGUCACGUAAUCUGGCAGUGUCCCCUGGAAUGUGGGUGAACGUUGGGACUCAGGGUAAUGUGUUUGGCUUAGAGCCUAAUUACCCUUGCUGUACCGUUAACCACGGCCAAGCGUAUCCGAAAUUCUUAGCGAAUUCCUUCACCAAGACUCAGGAUGGAGGAAUCGCCCAUGUUUUGCUUAUCCCUGGAAGCAUCACCACUUCUUUGGAUAACAACUUGGUGUCAAUCCAAGCUGAUACUAUGUAUCCUUUCGGGAUGCAUCUGAAAUAUACGAUUACAUCAUCGACUGACUUCUCGUUCUAUGUCCGAAUCCCAGGUUGGGCGGACGAAUCGAGCACUGUCACAGGACCUGACGGCAAAACUAGCAAGGUUUCUCCGUCAGAUCAGGGGCUUCAGAAAUUCUCGGUUCGCAGGGGCCUCAGCUCUGUUACUGUUAAUCUCAGCACAGAACCGCGUGUGGUCACGAGAGCCAACAAUACCGCCGCGAUUUAUUACGGACCACUAUUGUACUCUCUUCACAUCGAUGCCAAUGUGUCAACAGUACAGCCAGUUGCGUUCAGCGGCGACUCAAUACCGAGUGCUAGCACUACGACUCACACGCACGACCAUGUCAUCGAGCCUGAGAGUGUAUGGAAUAUCGCGAUCGAUCCUUCGCAGAUAAGGGUGGCACAGGCGGACGUGUCAACUCUAGCAAAUCCAAUCUGGGACCUCAAUGCGCCACCACUCGAGCUUCGUGUAGCUGCGGUCGAAAUCGACUGGCCCCUGGAGUUCGAUACGGCUGCGGAUCCGCCUCUUGAGCCGAAGAUUACCGGGAAACCUUUUAGUGCGCGCUUUGUACCCUUCGGAAGCGCUAAGAUACACAUGGCGCAUUUGCCGGUUGUUCAGAUGGAUAAGGUAGACCUAUCGAACUGAUAGGAUUAGGGUGUACAUUGUGUCUUGACGAAUGAAUGGAUAUAACGCAUAGAUGGUUAUGGAACAUACGAGUCUUAAGAGUACCGUUCUUGUAAUCACUAGGAUAAAGCAUAAUUUAACCUUUUUUUCUUCCAUUGCUACCGUCUGUGGUAGAAGCUUAUAUGAACCACCUCCGGACCUACCUACCCGGCAGCAUGAUCAAAGGCAAAAGGGGUGGGGCCAAUGAAUAGGGGUCUUAAGCAACCAUAAAGUCUAUUUACCUAACAUCAAAAUGGGGUUUAAGCGUGCAUAUCAUAUCAGAUGGCAG